GCAUCGGCACCCCAGUACAUAGUAGGCAGACCAUUGGCGUCCCCGACUCCAACUAACUGGCCCCCGGAGGAAUUACUGGCACUGGGUAUAAAGCAUCAACUCUUAUCACAUCUCGGAUAAAUAGGGUAGGGCUGCCUAUCAAGGCGUCAUGGUUUCCUUUGAGUAGUGACAUCAAGUUCAUGGUGGAUCGAUAUAAAACUAUUGGGGGGUUGUUCUCGUACAUUUUCUGGCUUCUCAUACUUACCACACCCGUUUUGUUCUUUUUCACUCCGGGAUCUCUUUCACCAUGUACGGCAGAAUAACAUUUGUUGCCGGCCUUGCCGUUGCAAAUGCACUCAUUCCGGACCUCCACAUGCGACAGGCUGGCGGCAGCCCCAAGCCUACUUCUUCGCCCACGGGUGGAGGCAGCUUGGGUGGAAGCAGCAGGGGCCCCGGAUCUGGCUCGAGCUCUGGUGCCAGUUCGGGGGGUGGCUCGUCCGAAGCUACGGGUACUAUUAGUGCUUCCCUUCCCAUCGACACCAACUUUAGCCCAGAGCCGUUUUCAUUCAACGAGGCGGCGACGGUCAACUCUGAGGCGCUCGCCUCAGCUGCAUCGAUUGCAGGGACUCCCGCAACCGAUAUCCCUGGUGCUACGAUUCCUGCUCAGCCUCUUGUCAGCCCCAACCCGGAGACAACUCAUGGAAAUUUCACUGGCACUGCUACCGUAACGGGUGCAAUUGCAAAGGGAGCAUUGAAUGGCACUAUCUCGGCCCUCCCACCCAACCGUGAAGCAACAGUGUUCAAAGCGAAUGGCAUUCUUCAGAGCAACCAGACGAUCCCCUUCCAGCCAGCUGGUGGGCUCGGAACCAAUGGCACCGAGCCGGUAUACCGCGUUCAGUCCGACUUUGAUUACCAGUCGCUACUCCUUGGCCUCUAUCAGGAGUGGAUCGAGCUAGAUCUUUUCAAAGAUAUUCUGAACCGCUUCUCCGAAGCCGACUUUGCCAAGCUGAACCUAACCGCCAGCGACCGCUUCCUGGUCGAGUUUAUGGCCGAGCAAGAGAACGGCCACGCUACUCUCGUGAGCAAUCUCCUCGGCGGCCCCGGUGGAUCAACCCCACAGUGUAGCUACCACUACCCCUACGAGACCCUGCACGAAGCUUUCGACUUCGCCGCCAAGCUUACUCAAUGGGGCGAGUCUGGUGUCUGGGGUUUCCAAGCACAUCUAGAUUCGCGCGAGUCAGCCCAGCUCCUCGACCAGUCCAUCGCAACAGAAGGCCGCCAAGCGAUGAUUUUUCGCCAAUUCGCAGGCCUCUUCCCAAUGCCCGUCUGGUUCAAGACGGGCAUCCCACAGUCAUGGGCCUGGACCUACCUUGCCCCAUACAUUGCCUCCUGCCCAUCCAACGCCAAGCGUCUCGCCUGGCAGAACUUCCCGGAACUGCACAUCCUGAACCAGCCUAACACAGCCCUCGUGAACGCCUCGCAAGGUGCCAGCGCAGCAAGACCUGGGAAUACUACCAAGAUCUCCAGCAAUGAAACCGUAGGCUGGGGUCCUGCCGCUCCGGGCAGUGACGCAGCGGCAGGAAAUGCUUCUUGCACUUUGACCAACAAGACCGGCAACUCCUGCGAGGGCUCCGUUUCCCAGAACCGCUCGAUCCCAUUGUCCUUCCCAGGACGCCAGGUCUUCUUAUCCUGGGAUGCGCCUGGAAAGCCUGUAGGACCUAAUAACUCCUACGUGACGAGCACGCUGGCCAAGGAUCCCAAGUUCGUGGUUUGGGUAUCGCAACUCAACGUCACGUACUCGCCGCUAGAGGACAUCAAGUUGGUGCCGAACGGAACAAGCAGUGGGACGACGCUGCAGCCCGAUAUUAGCACGUUUGAAGGCGACCCAGCGAUUAAUGGUACUAUGUUUAUUGGACUUACUGAUACGGAUGCGCCGUUCUCGAUGUUUAACCUUACCUCUGUCAAUCCGCAUGUCGUUGCUUUGGGGCUGUAUCAAGCGGGAUAAGCAGGCGAUUUGCGAUGGAGUAAGGCGGUAUCAUAGUUAGUAAUAGAUAAUACUCGUACUCUUGUAAUAUAAUACGCAC